AUGACUGAGAAAGUUAAAAUGGUUCAAGAGAAAAUGAAGGCAUCUCAUAGUAGGCAGAAGAGUUAUCACGACAAGCGGAGAAAGGACUUUGAGUUUCAAGAGGGUGAUCAUAUUUUUCUGAGAGUCACUUUUGUGAUCGAUGUUGGUCGUGCAGUAAAGUCUAAGAAUCUUACUCCUCGCUUCAUUGGACGAUAUCAGAUUACUAAGAGGGUUGGAGUUGUUUCCUACCAUGUGGCUUUACCCCCAUCUCUUUCGAACCUAGAUGAUGUUUUCCACGUGUCACAGCUCAGGAAGUAUAUUCAUGAUCCGUCUUACGUAAUCCAAAUGGACGAUAUGCAAGUUCGGGAUAAUCUGACUGUUGAAAUAUCACAUGUUCGGGUUGAAGAUCGAGAAGUGAAGCAGCUACGUGGCAAGGAGAUUGUUCUUGUGAAGGUUGUUUAG